AUGGGCAACGUUGUCUCAGUCUUCUCACCCAGCAACGGUCACCAGCUUGAGGGCUCUGCUGCAGAGCUCGAGCAGAAGCUUGCCGACCGUGAGGAGACCAUCACUGUCCUCGAGGAGGACCUUUCCAAGAAGGAGAAGCAGUACACCUCCCUUUCCGAGGAGGCCGAAGACUUGCGCAAAAAGAUUCAGGAGCUCGACGCCCAAUUGACAUCAACCAAGCAAGAGAACAAAUCUCGCAUCGCCACUCUCGAGUCCGAGCUUGCCACCAGCAACGACAAGAUCAACCACCACCUUCAGGCCAACGGCGACGCCAACACCCAGCGCGCCCAGGAGCUCGACAACGCGAACAAGAAGCUUGCCGCUCUCCAGGAGCAGCUCGAUAAGGUUCAGCAGGAGAAGAAGGCUCUUGAGGAUGAUCUUGCCGCCGUCAAGGAGCAGCUGGCCGAGGCCAAGAAGGAGCGCGAGACCCUCGAAGUCUCCCUCCGCGACGAGCUCAAGGCCCUCCAGGAGCGCCUGACCGAUGCCGACCAGGCCCGAUUCACCUUGCAGGAGACCCUCGACAAGAUCAAGGCCGAGGCCGAGUCCGCGAACAAGUCCCUCGGCGAAAAGGUUGCUGCCGUUACCACCCUCGAGGGCAAACUUUCCGACCUCGAAGGCCAGCACUCCAAGCUCAAGUCCGACACUGAAGCCGAGCUCGCCACCGCCGGCAGCAAAUACACCGCCCUUCAGGAGGCUCUCGACAAGCUCAAGGCCGACACCGAUUCCGAUCUCGCCGCUGCCAAGAAGGAGUUGAGCGAUGCCCAAGAAAAGUUCACCGCUCUCCAGAAAACCCACGACGAUCUCCAGAGCGGUUCCAGCGCCAACGUAUCUGCCGCCCAGAAGGACCUCACCGAUGCCCAAGAAAAGCUUGUCGCUCUCCAGUUGACCCUUGACCAACGUAAGACGGAAGCUGAUGCGGACCUCGAGGCCGCCAAGAAGGAGCUGCUCGACGCCCAGACAAAGUUUGUCGAGCUCGAGGAUAACCACAACAAGCUCAAGAUCGGUUCCGAGGAGCAGGUCGCUGCCACCAAGAAGGAGCUCGCCGAAGCGCAGGACAAGGUUGCCAGCCUUCAACAGACCCUCGAUGGCCUCAAGUCCGACUCCGCAUCCGUCUUGUCGUCCACCCAGAAGGAGCUUGCCGACGCCCAGGAGAAGCUUACUGCUCUCCAGCAAACCAACGACAAGAUCAAGGCUGAGGCGGAUGCAGACUUGGCGACUGCCAAGAGCUCCCUCGCUCAGAGCGAAGACAAGUACGCGAAGCUGCAGGAGUCGAGCGCGGCGGAGCUCGAGUCUGCCAAGAAGAGUGUUGCCGAGUGGGAGGACAAAUACAACAAGCUGGAGCGGUCGCACAAGGAUGCUCAGUCUGCCUCUGGUACCGAGCUUGAGUCUGCAAAGAAGUCUCUGGCUGAGUCCGAAGAGAAGUACACCAAGUUACAGGAGAUUCAUGACGCCGAACUGGCGGCUGCCAAGAAGGGCGUUUCCGAAUGGGAGGAAAAGUACAGUGGCUUGGAAAAGACUCAGAAGGAAACGCAAUCCGCUGCCACCGCAGAGCUGGAAUCCGUGAAGAAGAGCUUAGCCGAGUCCGAGGAAAAGUACAGGACGCUGCAGGAGGCGCAAGCACAGACCCAGUCAGAAUCCAGCGCAGAGUUGGAGGCUACCAAGAAGAGUGUUGCAGAGUGGGAAGAGAAGUUCAACGCUCUCAAGCAGACACAGGAGAAAGCCCAGUCUGAAAGCAGCGCUGAAGUUGACGCCGCCAAGAAGACUGCUGCCGAGUGGGAGGAGAAGUACACCACCUUGCAGCAGGCCCAGGAGAAGGCUGCGUCUGACUCCAGUGCCGAGAUUGAUGCCGCGAAGAAGAGCGUGACGGAGUGGGAGGAGAAGUUCAACGUCCUCAAGCAAGGACAGGAGAAGGCCCAAGCCGAGUCUAGCGCUGAAGUCGAGGCCGCGAAGAAGAGCGUUGCGGAGUGGGAGGAGAAGUACAAGGUUCUCCAGGAGUCGCACGACAAGGCACAAUCCGAUGCUGGAUCUGAGCUCGCCUCCAUCAGGCAGAGCCUGGCCGAUGCCGAGACCAAGCACAAGUCAGAGCAGGAGUCCCACGAGAAGGCCAAGGCCGAUAUUGAGGCGGAGCACACUACCACAAAGAAGUCUCUCUCUGAUCUCGAAGAGCAGCAUGCCGCUCUGCAGCAAACUCACGACAAGACGAAGACCGAGUCAGCCGAGGAGUCCUCGCGUUUGAGCAAGGAGCUGGCGGACUUGCAGAGCAAGUAUGCUGACCUUGAGAAGUCUAGCGAGAGCGUCAAGAAGGACGCAUCUACUGAGUUGGAGAGCGCUAAGAGGGAAGCUGCCAGCUGGCAGGAGAAGGCCGAGAAGUCGACCUCUGCUGUUGACUCAUUGACGAAGGACCUCGAGGACUCCAAGAAGGAUCUGGCUGCCGCCGAGGCGAAGCACGCCGCCGAACUGCAGAAGCUGCGUGAGGAGCUCACAAAGGCUGCCAACGUUAAUGGCGACAAGCCCGCCGCCGAGCCUGCAGUGGAGGAAGCCAAGCCCAAGGAGGAGGCUGUUACUGCAUAA